AGAUUGUUGCAGAGAGCUUAGGCUCAAACACCUCCGUCUGACUCCACAGAAGUCAUGCCACGUCGGACUCCCGAGAUGGAUCGGGUGGCUCAUUUCCUUCAGGAGUGUGGCCUGUCACAGUAUACGGAGGCCAUCCGCAGAGCCGGCUUUGAUGACAUGGAGACCUUACAGGACAUUGAGGACUCGCACCUCAAAGCCUUGGGCUUUCUCCCGGGCCACAUCAUCAAGAUCAAGAAGCGGCUGCAGAGCUAUGCGGGUCCUCAGGCCAUCGCGGCUUCUGCCUACGCGGCCCAUGCCUCCAAUGCCUCGGCCCAUGCGGCCGCGCCGGCCUAUCCUACGACCCGUGCCAGGCCCGUGCUUCAGGGACUGAGCGGCAGGAGCCCAGCAUCCUCCCUAACUCCCAAACCCAAGGCAUCGCCCAUGGCCCCUAUGACGCCCAUGGCCCCCCAAAUGACGGGGUGCGUCCCGUCCGAUACCAUCGACGCAGUGCAGCAGAGCUGGCGCUUGAUCGAGCCCAGGGUGGGCCCAGUGGCGCAGAGCUUCUACCGGAACUUCUUCAGCCUGGCGCCGGGGAGCAAGGUGCUGUUCCCCAUGGCAGUGCGCAACCGCUGGCGCGACUGGUCCUGCCUUCAGGAUGAGAUGGAGGAUGACUUCGAGAACUCCUCGGCCUUGGUGGUGCUGUGGUCCAAGGUGGUCUACGCGGUGGGCGGGGCCGUGGCCGGGCUUCGGAACCCGGGGAAGCUGGUGCGGGAGCUCCACGCCCUUGGCAUGCGCCACGUGGCCUACGGCACCACGGAGGAGUUGUAUGCCGUGGCGGGCAAGGCCUUGCUCAUGGCCCUGGCCAGCCACUUGGGGCCGCGCUUCACCCCGGAGGUGGAGGCAGCCUGGGUCAACGUCUAUGACUUCAUCUCCUCCUCGGCGAUCUGUGGCUUGCAGACUGCCAGGCAGACGGAGGACGCCGUGAAGACACGGCUGGAGUCCAUGCAGGUGGCAGAUCCUUCCAAAACACUGCUGGUCUCUCGCUCGCGACUGCCAAGAGACCCGGUCAAGUCAAGCUGGGAUUCAUCUAGGCUCGGCCAGGUGCCAUCGUGCAGCACGAUCUUCACCGUGCAGCAGAGCUGGGCAGCCGUGAAGGAGCUCGGGACUGCACACCUGGGAGAUAUGCUGUACAAGCACUUCUUGAAACUCGAGCCAGACACAAAGAGCCUUUUCCCCUUGUCGGUGCGCCGGCGCUACUGUGACCGGACUUGCGAGGAGGACCCUGAGAACCUUGAGGGCUCUGGCAUGCGCAACCUUUUCGCCAAGGUGGUGGAGGCAGUGGGGAUGGCUGUGGCGGGCUUGCGCAACAUCGCCACUUUGGUUUCGGAGCUCAAUGCGCUGGGCAUGCGCCAUGUCAACUACAACGUGAGGGAGGAGCUAUUUGCGAGCGUUGGUGAGGCCUUGGCUCUGACGCUGCAGGAUUCCAUGGGCGCCCUCACAGAAGAGGUUAAGGAGGCCUGGGCUUCCAGCUAUGAGUUCUUCACAGCUUGCAUGAUCAGCGGGCUGCGAUUUGCACAUGAAAAGCAGCUGCUCCUGAAUCAGCUCCAGAAGCAUUCGAGCCCAGACACGGAUUCCGUGAAGAAUUGGUCCACCUCAACGAGAUGCUCUGAGGAUACUACCCCUCACGGACGAGCGCUGAGCAUUGAGGAGGCCUAAGCCCUGAGGGCUGAUGGCACGUGGCGUAACGUGGCGUAGGGAGGCCAGGGGAGACAUCCAAGACUUGGCCAAGACAUUCGCACAGGAAGUCCAGAGUGACACUCGCUGCAGCUCGUGGCUUUCCGUGUGUGAGCGGUUUUGCUGGCCCAGCCCAGGGCAGGAGUGCAGUCCACCCAGUGAACGCAGAACCCACAUUGUUUUGGACAGUUGCAAAGAGGCGUUCUUGUUGGUAAAUCUUGUUGCAACUUUCGCACCUUGCGGGCAUUGCAUUUGCUUGAAUUCAUUCAGCACACCUUUGUGCCAGAGUGCCCUGGGCAUGCGCGCCAUGAGCGCUGAGCCUUUGGCCCUCAAGUUUGAAAGCCUCAAGGACUCAAGGCAUCUCAAGGCUAUAAUUAGGAAGCUCUUGGCCUUGGCGGCCGAUUUCUAACCAUGGAGUUUUCUGCUGUCGCUGGCGGCUCGGAUGGAGCAAGGCGUUGUACCCAUUCAAUGCCACUGCGAGCCGCCAGUGGUGACAUUUUGGCCAGAGAUGUGCACGAUGCCAUCUCAAGGAUGUAGGACCUGUAGGACUUGCAGAGCGAGGCACUGUCCAG